CACGUUAUAGUUUCAAAAUAAUUGAUUAAAAAACAAAAUAGGAAAAAAAAAAUUGAUUAAUAUAAAGUCUACGAUAAAUACAGAGAACGGAGCAUAUCUAGUCGCUCUUUCAGGUCUACUUGACUUAUAAUUAAUCUGUCUCUCUGUCUACUUUUGAAAUCCUUCAAAAAUGUCGGGACUCAGAUUGGAUGGCAAAAUCGCAAUAAUAACAGGCGGAGCUAGCGGGAUUGGAGCCGAAGCGGUUAGGCUGUUCACGGACCACGGAGCUAAGGUGGUCAUCGUUGACUUUCAAGAAGAACUUGGUCAAAACGUUGCCGUUUCUGUCGGGAAAGACAAAGCAAGUUUUUACCGUUGCGAUGUUACAAACGAAAAGGAGGUAGAAAACGCCGUUAAGUUCACCGUCGAAAAGUACGGGAAGCUUGACGUUCUCUUUAGUAACGCCGGCGUUAUGGAACAGCCGGGAAGCUUUCUCGACUUGAAUCUGGAACAGUUUGACCGAACCAUGGCGGUCAACGUUCGUGGUGCGGCUGCGUUUAUCAAACACGCUGCACGAGCCAUGGUGGAGAAAGGCACGCGUGGGUCAAUCGUAUGUACGACCAGCGUCGCGUCGGAGAUCGGUGGUCCAGGACCUCACGCGUACACGGCGUCUAAGCACGCUCUUCUCGGGCUGGUUAAAUCGGCUUGUGGCGGGCUAGGGAAGUACGGGAUUAGAGUCAACGGCGUUGCACCAUACGCGGUGGCGACGGCGAUAAAUAGCCGUGACGAGGAAACGGUGAGGAUGGUGGAGGAAUAUAGCGCAGCCACGGGGAUUCUCAAAGGUGUGGUGCUUAAGGCUCGCCAUGUGGCAGAGGCGGCUUUGUUUCUGGCUUCGGAUGAUUCGGCUUACGUUAGCGGUCAGAAUCUGGCUGUUGACGGGGGUUAUAGCGUCGUUAAGCCCAUUUGAAGGAGAGAAUAUUCUAUAAAUCAACACUUAUUAACGCCUUAAUAUUUUACUUUCAACGAGCUUUUCACGCCAUUAUCUUUUUUUUUUUUUUUUUGGGUCAAAUCACACCAUGGAAUAAUCGCCUAUAACGUUACGUAAGCAAUUACGUAUGUACUAUAGUUAAUUCGGAUAAAUAAGGGUAACGUUAUUAAUACUUACUAUUAAAGUUUCUUUACUUGUAAUUUACUGCAAAAAACAAUUGUUGGCUUAAUGGUUAUUAAUUACAAAGUAUCAGUCCAC